AUGGAUUCUCAGUUGGACGGUUCCACGUGGUCCCAUCAGAAGGUGUUCUCUCUUAUCCUCGCCUUCCGACUCGUCAAUGCCUUGACCAUCAGGACCUUUUUCCAACCCGAUGAAUACUUUCAAUCGUUGGAGCCAGCUUGGGAGCUUGCCUUUGGGCUACGAGCAAAGGCUUGGAUAACUUGGGAAUGGCACCACCGACUCCGAUCUUCGCUGCAUCCCUUCUUCUUUUCGGCCGUCUACAUGAUAGCUGGGAGAGCUGCCCAAGCGUUGUCUUUGUCGACGGCAAAUCACAGUGCAUUGCUUAUAGCAGCCCCUAAACUCACCCAAGCAAUCUUUGCCACGUGCACCGACUACUUCACAUGGCGACUCGGUGCAACGCUCUUUGGCGAGAAAAGCGCCGCAGCGCGAGCUUCUUUGCUAACCACGGUAUCGAACCCUUGGCAAUGGUUCUGCUCCACUCGAACGUUCUCAAAUUCGAUCGAGACCACCCUAACCGCGUUCGCCCUGAGUAAAUGGCCAUGGGAAUUGCCCGCAAUAGCUUGUGUACUUCGGCCCACAAACCUCCUCGUAUGGGUUUGUGUAGCAUCGAUGUCCCUAUUGAGGGCUGCAAACGUGGACCGACUUUUUCUAGUGUUCAGUGCCGCCUUAUACGGUUUAUUGGUCCUCUCCAUCUCCGUGCUACUUGACAGAGCAUAUUACGGGGCGUGGACGAUGCCAGCCCUUCGAUUCCUCGGACUUAACGUUGGCCAGUCAGUUGCAUCUUUCUACGGUCGCAACCGAUCCGACUAUUAUCUUACGGAAGGUAUCCCGCUGCUCUUAACCACUGCCUUGCCGUUUGCGGUUCACGGUGUCGUCUCAUCCCUGAAACCAGUACGGAGUGGAGUGACUGCUCAGGAGUCGGUGAAACACCAAACACUGAAAACACUCUCUUAUACCUGCGUCCUUGUGACAAUCGCCUUCUCGUCUAUUCCUCAUAAGGAAGUCCGCUUUUUGUAUCCUUUACUGCCAGCCUUCAUCGUUCUUUCUGCUCCUUCAAUUGCACAUUUCGUCGACAGAGCCAAACGCAGCAAUAGGUAUCGGCCUGCAGCCUUUGUAAUGAUGGGUCUCAAUGUUGCUAUUGCCAUUUAUACGACUCAAUUCCACCAACGUGGGGUUGUGGAUGCCGUACAUUUUCUUCGGCAGCAAUAUGAGAUGAGCGCCUUUACCGACCGGCCCUCGCCCGCCAUAUCCGCGGUCUUUCUCAUGCCAUGUCACAGCACGCCAUGGCGCUCUCACCUUGUAUACGCAGAUAUCAAUGCAUGGGCACUGACAUGCGAGCCACCAAUAGGCUUGCCUGAAGAUACGAGGGCGGGUUAUCUCGACGAAGCCGAUCAGUUCUACGAUGACCCUCAUAGCUGGUUGUUAUCGAAUAUGGCGGAUGAUGAAGGAACAAUUCGCCGGGAUCGUUCAAAUGCGGGGAGGGACGGAAGUCGGAGCAACGAAAGCACCAUUCCCGGUCAAAGGGGGCCUGGUCAAGAUAAAAGGCCCUGGCCGGAGUACCUUGUGUUCUUCGAGCAACUCGAAGACAGCUUGCUCCCGUUCAAAAGUGAUCUUGGUUAUGAGACACGUCAAAAGUUUUUCAACACACAUUGGCACGACGACUGGAGAAGAAAAGGAGACGUUGUAAUCUGGCAUCGUCCGCAACCUGUGGUGGAUUCGAUUGCAAAUCAAUGA